CAUUACAGGAGCCAGGCGGCUGUAAGCCGAGAAGAGGCCGGCGGUCCCUCCAGCACUUCACAACCUUGGUCUCCUUCCCUCUGCCCGUCCGACCCAUUCACUACUAGAAAGUUUAUAGCUUCAUUGCACCAUGUGUGGCAUUUGGGCCCUCUUUGGCAGUGAUGACUGCCUUUCUGUUCAGUGUCUGAGUGCUAUGAAGAUUGCGCACAGGGGUCCAGAUGCAUUUCGUUUUGAGAACGUCAAUGGAUAUACCAACUGCUGCUUUGGAUUUCACCGGUUGGCGGUGGUUGAUCCACUAUUUGGAAUGCAGCCAAUUCGACUGAAGAAAUACCCUUAUUUGUGGCUCUGUUACAAUGGUGAAAUCUACAACCACAAGGCGUUGCAACAGCAUUUUGAAUUCGAAUACCAGACAAAAGUGGAUGGUGAGAUAAUCCUUCAUCUGUAUGACAAAGGAGGAAUUGAGCAAACCAUUUGUCUGUUGGAUGGGGUGUUUGCUUUUAUUUUAUUGGACACUGCCAAUAAGAAAGUGUUCCUGGGCAGAGAUACCUAUGGAGUCAGACCUUUGUUUAAAGCCAUGACAGAAGAUGGAUUUCUGGCUGUGUGUUCAGAAGCUAAAGGUCUUGUUACAUUGAAACACUCCACAGCUCCUUUUUUAAAAGUGGAGCCUUUUCUUCCGGGACAUUAUGAAGUUUUGGAUUUAAAACCAAAUGGCAAAGUCGCAUCUGUGGAAAUGGUUAAAUAUCAUCACUGUAGGGAUGAGCCUCUGCAUAUCCUCUAUGACAGUGUGGAGAAACUCUUCCCAGGUUUUGAGAUAGAAACCGUGAAGAGCAACCUCCGCAUCCUUUUUGACAAUGCUGUUAAGAAGCGUUUGAUGACAGACAGACGUAUUGGUUGCCUUUUAUCAGGAGGCUUGGACUCCAGCUUGGUUGCGGCCACUCUGCUGAAGCAACUAAAAGAGGCCCAGGUACAGUAUGCUCUCCAGACAUUUGCAAUUGGCAUGGAGGACAGCCCCGAUUUACUGGCUGCUAGAAAGGUGGCAAAUCAUAUUGGAAGUGAACAUCAUGAAGUCCUUUUUAACUCUGAGGAGGGUAUUCAGGCCCUGGAUGAAGUUAUAUUUUCCUUGGAAACUUAUGACAUUACAACAGUUCGAGCAUCAGUAGGCAUGUAUUUAAUUUCCAAGUAUAUUCGGAAGAACACAGACAGUGUGGUGAUCUUUUCUGGAGAGGGAUCUGAUGAACUUACGCAGGGUUACAUUUAUUUCCACAAGGCACCUUCUCCUGAAAAGGCUGAGGAAGAGAGUGAGAGGCUUCUGAAGGAACUCUAUUUGUUUGAUGUUCUCCGUGCAGACAGGACUACUGCUGCCCACGGCCUUGAACUGAGAGUUCCAUUUCUGGAUCAUCGCUUUUCUUCCUAUUACUUGUCUCUGCCACCAGAAAUGAGAAUUCCAAAAAAUGGGAUAGAGAAACAUCUCCUGAGAGAGGCAUUUGAAGACUCCAACUUGAUUCCUAAGGAGAUUCUCUGGCGACCCAAAGAGGCCUUCAGUGAUGGGAUAACCUCAGUUAAGAAUUCCUGGUUUCAGAUUUUACAGGAAUAUGUCGAACAUCAGGUUGACGAUGCGAUGAUGGCAGCUGCAGCCCAAAAAUUCCCCUUCAACACUCCUCAAACUAAAGAAGGCUAUUAUUACCGUCAAAUCUUUGAACAACACUAUCCAGGCCGGGCUGACUGGCUGACCCAUUACUGGAUGCCCAAGUGGAUCAAUGCCACUGACCCUUCCGCUCGCACUCUGAGCCAUUAUAAGUCAGCUGCCAAAGAGUAGGCACUCUCCAAGCUGUGAAGUGAAAGUAGAUGUUUCUUCUUGGGGUGUAGAGGCACUGGAGACAGUCAGGGGAGCAGUGAAAGUCAACCACUUAGGCCUACUUGGGCAUGAAAAAAAUAAAAGUCAUACCUAAAACUU